UUUCUUCUAUAUUACAAGGAACAAUAUUUCCUGAUUGUAUUUCAAAUUCCCAUCGUUUUCUCACAGGUGAAGAGGCGAAACUCGGAAGAAAGCUCUACUCAGUGGACUACUGGGAUAGCAGAGGUUCAGCUCCCUGUUGAGUACAAGCUGAGAAACAUUGAGGAAACAGAAGCAGCCAAAAAGCUAUUGCAGGACAAGAGGCUCAUGGGUCGAACUAAAACAGAAUUUAACAUCCCCUCAAGCUACAGUGCAGACUAUUUCCAACGUGGUCGGGAUUAUGCUGAAAAGCUUAGAAGAGAACACCCUGAACUGUACAAGGACAAAGGUGUACAGGAUAAUGGUGGGGGAUCUAGACUGCCGGAUGCAAGCACAGAAGUUGCAGGACGAAGGCAAGCUGCAACAGAUGAAUUCAUGCUUGACCGCUUCCGCAAAAGAGAACGUCAUCGAGUGAUGCGUAGAUAGCAUGACCCCGAGUUCUUGCUUCAGCUCCAACCACAAACAAUGGUUGCCUGCUGAUAGCUGUCUUAUGUAUGUCACUGUUUUACCUUGAAGCAUCAGAGUUGCUCAUUUAGCAACACAGAAGGCAUGGUGAUGCAGAAACUGUAAUCUUUAUUAUGUAUCUGAAAAGAUGUCAUCUGCCUCUAUGGUCAUGGAUGAUAGACAAUUGGUCUUUUUUUUAAUGUGCCAGGAUCAGGGGUCAAACCUUUAUGUUACAAUUCAUUGUUUCUGAUACUUAUUCCCGUUUUCCACAAUUCUGUGAUUCAUUGGACUG